UCAUACCCAGGGUGCUUUGCGAGGAGACUUGAAAUCCAAAAUGGCCACCGUAAGACUUUUAUACUCGCCGAGAACCGUCUCAAAGCUCCUCCAGCAUGGCCUUAGACCAUGUAGUAUUGCAUCUACAAGAAGCCAGUACAAAAUGGUUAAUGCCCAAGAAGUGGAUACAAGCUUUAGAGCUGUGACAGACAGAGUGGCCAGAACUUUGUUUUUAGGGGAAUUGAUGAGGGGUCUGGCAAUGACACUGAGUUAUAUGUUCCGUGAACCAGCCACCAUACAGUAUCCAUUUGAGAAAGGUCCCCUCAGUCCUCGCUUCCGAGGAGAACAUGCUUUGAGACGCUAUCCGAGUGGAGAAGAAAGAUGUAUUGCUUGUAAACUGUGUGAAGCGAUUUGUCCUGCUCAAGCAAUAACAAUAGAAGCGGAACCCCGGGCUGAUGGUAGUCGUCGUACAACACGAUAUGAUAUUGACAUGACUAAGUGUAUCUAUUGCGGAUACUGUCAAGAAGCUUGCCCAGUUGAUGCAAUUGUUGAGGGACCCAACUUUGAAUAUUCUACAGAAACCCAUGAAGAACUUCUGUACAAUAAGGAGAAACUGCUCAACAAUGGUGACAAGUGGGAGGCAGAAAUUGCAGCCAACAUACAAGCAGAUUAUUUGUAUCGAUAGAAUCCAUUGAUUUUAUUUACAUGGAAUGUGUUCUUCAGUCUAAAUUCAUGAUAGUCAAUUAUUAGUUGGAAAGUUAUUUGUAAAUAGACCUUGUGUGACAAAACAAUGCUUUCAAAAGUGAUUAUCUGUAGUUUUUGCCCAUUGGAGAAGUGGCAAUGUGUGGAAAGUCAUCUAAACCAACUAUUCGAUGUAGAGCUUCUAAGUGUGUUGUACUGUGUAUGAAAAUCUCAUAGAUUAUUAAUAAAAGCACUUGUUAUUUAA